AUGAGACACGGCUACUGGAAGGAUGACAAUGGAGCGUGGGAGGUAGAUGGACGGAGCAAACAAGAUGUAUUGGUGCCCCAUUACCGCACUACAGCCAGCGUACUCGAGGAGCUCCUGCCCGAAGGUGAUGCCGAGGGCGGCGUGAACAUCACAUCCAUACGCCCCAAGAUGAUCCCAUUGUCGGGGGCCAUAUACAGCGUCCGUGUCGGCAUCGGCAGCGGCGAAACCCAGCACUUCUACAAGCUUGCGCUGGAUCUCGUUCGCCCCUUGACAUGGAUGAGGUGCCGACCCUGCAUACCGCAGAAGAAGCAGGAGGGCUCUGUCUUCAACACAGCCGUCUCCCCUCAUUACCACCUCGUUGCGUCCACAGACCCUCGCUGCACGGCUCCGUACAAGCGCGCCAGGCAGGACCGGUGCACCUUCGACGUCAAGUUCCAGUACCAUGAUUCACAUGCACAGGGCUACCUUAGCACCGACGACUUCGUCUUCGACGGCAGCGGCCCCGGCAGCCCCAUCAGUGGUGUGAGCGGCCUUGUCUUCGGAUGCGCGCACGCCACGCACGACUUCAUUAACCAUGACGUCUGGGCCGGCGUCAUGAGCCUAAACAGGCACCCGACCUCCUUCAUCCGGCAGCUCUCGGACCGCGGCCUCGCCGCCCCGCGCUUCUCCUACUGCCUCGUCGGCAACGAGCACCGCGACCGGCGUGGCUUGCUCCGGUUCGGCGCCGACAUCCCGGACCAGUCGCACGCACGGAGCACGGCGCUGCUGCACGGGGAACUCUCCCAAGGAGGAGGCAUGUACUAUGUCCGCCUCGUCGGCAUCAGCCUGAGCGGGCGAAGGCUCACGGCGAUCACGCCGGCGAUGUUCAAACGCGACCCGCGUAGCCUCCGGGGCGGGUGCACCCUCGACGUCGGGACGGCGUCCACCUUGCUGGCACCGGCCGCAUACAAUGUCCUGACGGCCGAGGUCGUGGCGCAUCUGCACAGCCGCGGGGUGCAGCGCGCAUCGGGGCCGGUGCAUAAUCUCAAGCUGUGUUUCCGUGGGGCGUGGCAGAGUAUCCGCGCGCACUUGCCGAGCUUGACGCUCCACUUCCACCCGGAAUCGGCCGUGUUCUUCAUCAAGCCGGAGCUCUUGUUCGUGGCGGUCACGGACAAGCAUACCAACUACGCUUGUUUCACCGUCAAGCCCUACGCAGAGAGGACGGUUAUAGGCGCGGGGCAGAUGCUGGAUACGCGCUUCACGUUUGACCUCCAACAGAAUCGCCUCCUCUUUGCUCCGGAGCAGUGCCAUCUAGACACUAGCGCAGUUAGCUAG